AGAGGAUGCAGGAGGGGCGGGCGGCGGCGAGCUGCCGUUCCCGAGUCGGGCAGCUAGAGAGCAGUGCAGGGAGGGAAAUCCCGGCCGAGGAGGCCCUGCGCGGCGGCGGCUCCCGGGUGCUGGGAGCUCCUUUCCUGUCGGGGGCGGCUCCGGGACGGAGGCCGUGAGAGGAGCCGAGCGGUGGCGGAGGCCCCCGGGUCGGCUUCUUUCCGUUUCCCCUUUCUCCCAUGGCGGAGACUAAAAUAAUUUACCACAUAGACGAGGAGGAGACCCCUUACCUGGUGAAGCUGCCCGUCCCGCCGGAAAAAGUCACUCUGGCCGAUUUCAAAAAUGUCCUCAGCAACCGGCCCGUCCACACCUACAAGUUCUUCUUCAAGUCCAUGGACCAGGACUUCGGCUGGUCCUGGCUGAAAGCUCCCACUCUGACACUGGCUCCCAGUGCACCGAGAGCCACACGGACCUUCCACCACCCAUCGAGAGAACAGGAGGCAUUGGAGACUCCCGCCCUCCAUCAUUCCACCCAAAUGCUGCCAGCAGCCGAGAUGGCCUGGAUAAUGAAACAGGAACAGAGUCAGUUAUCAGCCACCGUCGAGACAGACAUCGACGGAGAAAUAGAGAAGGGCAUGAGGAUGUGUUUUGGUAGGAGCCAGCCACAGCAGGAGAGGCAACAGGAGCUCCACUCACAGCAGCGGUCCCCUCUGAGACCCACUCCCAGUAGGAGAUAUUGUCCCAAGUGGUGUCACCACCUGCUGAGGCCAUUGGAACCAGUCCGAUGCUAUCCAGAAGCACAGCCCCGCGUGUAUCACUUCCCUCGGAUCAAUGGGCACCCGAAACUGGACAGGCACCGUGAGCAUCCUCCUGGUUAUGACAGCUCUUCUACCAUGAUGAGCAGUGAGCUGGAAUCAAGCAGUUUCAUUGACUCUGAUGAUGAUGACAACACAAGCAGGUUGAGUAGCUCCACAGAGCAGAGUACUUCAUCCCGGCUCAUACGGAAGCAUAAACGCAGGAGGAGGAAACAAAGGAUGCGGCAGAUUGACAGGUCAUCUUCGUUCAGCAGCAUCACUGAUUCUACCAUGUCCCUAAAUAUCAUCACUGUCACACUCAACAUGGAGAAGUAUAACUUCCUGGGAAUCAGCAUUGUAGGACAGAGCAAUGACCGGGGUGAUGGUGGCAUUUACAUUGGCUCCAUUAUGAAAGGAGGGGCUGUGGCAGCAGAUGGCAGGAUUGAACCAGGAGACAUGCUUCUGCAGGUGAAUGAUGUCAAUUUUGAGAACAUGAGCAAUGAUGAUGCAGUACGGGUUUUACGGGAAAUUGUCUCCAAACCAGGACCUAUCAGCCUAACAGUAGCCAAGUGCUGGGACCCUACUCCCAGGAGUUACUUCACCAUCCCAAGGGCUGAACCAGUGAGGCCAAUUGACCCAGCAGCGUGGAUCUCUCAUACCACAGCCAUGACGGGAGCGUACCCCCGUUACGGUAUGAGCCCCUCCAUGAGCAUCACCACAUCUACCAGCUCCUCACUAACAAGCUCAAUUCCUGAUUCGGAAAAAUUAGAAGAAUCUCCCUUAACUGUGAAGAGUGACAUGGCUACUAUUGUCAAGGUUAUGCAGCUACCAGAUUCAGGCCUUGAAAUUCGGGACAGGAUGUGGUUAAAAAUCACCAUCUCCAAUGCAGUGAUAGGAGCAGAUGUGGUUGACUGGCUUUACACACACGUGGAAGGCUUCAAAGACCGACGGGAGGCUAGGAAAUAUGCCAGCAGCAUGUUAAAACAUGGCUACCUCAGGCACACAGUGAACAAGAUCACCUUCUCAGAACAGUGCUAUUAUGUCUUUGGAGACCUCUGUGGCAAUAUGGCUGCACUGAACCUUAACAAUGGUUCCAGCGGAGCCUCAGAUCAGGACACCCUUGCUCCACUUCCACAUCCUGCUGCUCCCUGGCCCUUAGGCCAAGGAUAUCCUUAUCAGUACUCUCUGCCCCCUCCAUGUUUUCCACCAGCAUACCAAGACCCAGGCUUUAGCUACGGCAGUGGCAGUGCAGGGAGUCAGCAAAGUGAAGGAAGCAAAAGCAGCGGCUCGAACCGAAGCACCAGUGAGAACAGCAGGAGAGCUCUUGGCAGGGAGAAGGACCUGAAGUCAGCUGGCAGCGGCAGCGAGUCCGAGCAGACGUCCCGCAGUGGCGCCAGCGCCGUGCGUCGGGAGCGGCCCAGCAGCCAGCUCAGCCACCGCAGCCACGGCUCUGCCACCCACAGCGAGAGAAGCCACCACAGCAGCCAUCAUUCUUACGGCCCCCCAGGAGUCCCACCCCUCUACAGUCUCCCCAAGCUGGGUUCCAAAGUCUACGGGACGAGCGGACCUCCAGGAGGGCCUCCAGUGAGGGAACUGAGCUCUGUUCCUCCAGAGCUGACAGGGAGCCGGCAGUCCUUCCAGAAGGCAAUGGGCAACCCUUGUGAAUUCUUUGUUGACAUCAUGUGAGAGAAAGUGCCUUCAGACUCUGCUGGGGGGAAGGGCUGGGAGGGGGGAAGAUUGUUUGGGGGCAGGGUGGGUGAUUUGGCCAUUGGUGAACACUUAAAAUGGAAGAGACUUGGCUGUCUUGCAUGUCACGCCUUUCUGCUUUGCAAUUGUGUUGCAGAAAAAUCAACAAAACAAAAGAAAAAAACCCACAAAAAACCCUCCCACAAAAAAAAAAAAUUCUCCUGGGGUUGUUAAAUACCAGCAAAUUGAUGGCAUCUUUUCUUUAUCCUUUUCCCCUCUCUGCUCCUUCUGGUUUCAAUAAUGCCUGGUGUAUAUUCACAUCUUACUGAGCUUUGGUGAUUGUGGCACCUACUUCACUGCAAUUAGUGUAUCUUUUUGGCUGAUUCAGACUGUUAUUUCACAUGACUUCUAAAUUUCCAAGAAUGCAUAGUAGCACUUUCAUUUUUCCCUGCUUUUUCUCUUACAAGGAAAAAAAAUGACCCUUGGCUGCUAUCUGUGAUACUGCCUUGUAAUGUUGUUUCUUUGAUGCAUCAGCCAGCACUCUUAGCAGACAUGUCACUGCAGAUGUACAGACAACAUGUGCUCGGAAAGGAGCAGGCUCAAACCAAUGCCUAGCUGAAAGUAAAGUUGUGGCUACCUUCUGCUAACUAGGGAAUACAAAUCAAUAUUUUAUUUUUAGGUAUUAUCCUAUCAAGGGAGUGGUGGAGUCUUGCUACUGGGAAGUGUUCAUUGUGCCAAGCUUGUAAAGUUAUUUCAUUUGGUAUCAUGAGAGUGCAGUUUGUUCCUGGGCAUUUCAGCCACAUCACUGCUGACAUAUGUGUCUUUCUUUUUGUUAUAAUGCACACUUGCUGACAGGUUUUAAAAGCUGUUUCCACAGAAAUAGGACAAUUGCUGCUAUGUGAUUCAUGUAGUGUAGCUGCAGCUUUUCCCUUCUGAAGGGAAUAUUUAUCCUCUUGCACCAGAUGCAGGCAAAUCCUGGCUCCUUCUGGGACAUGGCUAUUCAUGUUGAUCAUCUUAUUUUCCCAUUUUUAAUUUCUAAGCAGUUUUUUUUUUUUUUUUUUUUUUUCUUAACAGAAACCUAGAUAUCCCACUUGCAGUGUUACCCAAGGGAACAUGUUCUGAGCACAGACAUGGUACAUGGAGUGAAUCUCUACACCUGGCACAGAGCAAGACCUGUGCUAAAGCUCCUGCUGGGGAGCUUUGACUUAAGCAACUGCUGUUGUGUAUCCCCAAAAUGUCACUACUAUCUGUUUUUUGCUCUAAGGCUAUGGACACUUGAUAAAGUAUGUUCAGGAACCUUCACUGAGGUUCAUCAAGAAGCUUUUUCUAAGUAUAUGAGGAAGGGCAUGGUAAGAGCACACUCACACAGCUGUGGUGGCUCAUUUCACAGGAAAAAAUGUGUGAACCUGCAAUUACUUGGUGAUAUUUGACCAUGGGGCCAUGCCUCAGUUGAAUACUCCCCUGUGACAUACCUGCUUCUGGCAGGGUGUAGGACAGGUGCUGGACAUUCAGUCUGGUCCAUAGAAGCAUUUUCUUCACUGGUAAGAAACUUGUCUUUGUUCUGUUCCAUGCUUUCUGGGCAGUGUAGGUAUCCAGUAUCCAGUGUCAAACCAGGUCUUUCUCACUGUGUUCCUGGAACUUCAUGUUCCUUUGUCACCCUGAAAAAUUACUCUUCAGCCUGUUUAUUUUUAUGUUGUUCAUUCUCAUAGGGUUUUUCACUUUUCUUAUUGCAGGUCUGUGUGUAAACACAUCCUUUCUGCAAAAGUCAGAGUAACAUUCUUGUAUUAAUGGGAGACUUCAGUCUCCCUUUCCAAAGGGAGCCAGGCAUUUAGCAAGCUGUGGACUUGGACUAGGUACUCAAGUCACUGGGCUUCUAAACUACCUUUGGGCAGGAUUUUUUCCAAAAAUCUCCUGAAGAGCUACAUCACAUUUCUGAAAGCCAUGAUCCAUCUGAUGGGCUGGCAUAGGUUGCAAAGUUGGUGGUGGCUUGUUCAAAAGAACAGCACUGCCUAAAACUUGACUGUUGAAAAGCAUCCUUUCUUUUCCUUUCCUCCUUCCUGAACACAGCAAAGAUGCUAACUCAAGUCAGUAAAGCAUUUUGAAAUAUUGUCAUUUAAAGCAAUUAAAUAAAUCAUGGUAAAGUAAUUCUGCCAGGCCUCCAGGAGACACUGAAGAAGUCUAUGACUUUACUGACAAUCACUAGUGGUUCUACUUUUAAAUCAAUUUUAACUUUUCUGGACUUUUCUGGCCCACUUUGUCUUCCAGCAGAACUUACAGGGCUGGAGAAAAAGACUAGUCAUUUAAUAGAUUGUAAAAGGGGAUUAAAGCUGAGCUUUCACCCAUGGAAGAAACAUGUUUAAUUUCCUCACGUCUCUUCAGGGGUUUACACACCUGCUGGGUUGUUUUUUUGUUUUUUGGUGGUUUUUUGGUUUUUUGUUGGUUUUUUUUUUUUUUUUUUUUUUGGGUUUUUUUUUGUUUGUUUUUUGUGUUUUUUUGGUUUUUUGUUUUUAUUGUCUUGUUACUCUCUUGGCAGAAACUGCUCUGUGUCUUGCUGAUGUUUGCUGCUAUGUUGAAACAACUGUGUUAGAUUCUUGUGUGUUUGUGGGUAACUCUGGAAUGAGGCUGACAGUCUAUAACAUCCACAUGGGAAAGUGUCAGGCUGCUGAGGAAAUCCAGCUGCUAAACACAGCCUGGGCUGGCUUCACCCAGAGUCAGGCAGAUCAGGAGUACUCUGGGUGUCCUGGCAGCUCUGCUGAGUGGUUCAUACUGUUGAGCUUGUAGAACCUGCUCCUGAGAGCAGUAGGAGAGUAUCAAUGACCCUUCUGUGAGCAGUGAAAUACAGAGUGGCUACUGUGUGUAAAGCAAAAGCUGAAUUUCCCUCCCUUGUAGGACAGUGGAGAGACAGGUUGGAGUGAAAGGGAGGUUAGACUCUUAAUUGUAAGAGGUGGAUGAAGAGAGGAGAGUUCCCAUAUCCCAUCCAUGGCUUUCAGUGCAUGUGUCUUUGCAAUACAGGGGCUUUGGAGGCCAACUGUGUGAGUUUUUCCUGUGUGAUACCAGCAGAAGGAAGUGCCACCAAGGCUAAUGAAACUUAUUACAGUAGGAGGUACUGUGCCAGGGGGGAGAAAAUUUAAAGGCUGCAGUCCUGCAAAACUCUUUUGUUUCUCUCACCAGGGCCUGAAAUUUGUCUCUGAUUUUAAUGUUGAGUAACUGGCACUGGCUGGGCUGUGGAACACAUGAGUUGUGCCUCUACAAGGAGAAAUGGUGGGUUUGCUACACAGGGCAUUGAAAGAACCACUUAAUAGGAGCCUUAAAUAGUUGUCAUUGUUAUUCUGGAAGUGAGACCCUCAACAUCUCACCAGCUGAGCUUCGUGUUCCUGCAUACCUGCCCACAGCUUUUAACAGGGACUCACAAGGUUGUUUGGAAGAUGAUGGAAAAUGAUGAGAAAACAGUUUGGGAUGAUGUCAUGUAGCCAAAGGAGGUACUUUGUGUAGGGGUAGUGUACCCACCCAGUAUAUUAACUCUGAGGAGUAAGGAUUUUGGCAAACGGUCUUAAAAGCACUGCUGUUGUUGUUUACCUCCUGUCAAUAAAUCUACUUCUCAAAGGUAACAGUCCCCUGGACACUUUAUCCAAAGGUAGAUUGGAUGGCAAGCAACGAUGCACAGACGUUGACUUUUGGUAUUAUGUUCUUUCAGUUCAAAUGGGCAGUCCCAUCUGGAGACUUGACAGCUCAUGGGUUGAUGUAAUUGUUUUUGGUUUGCAUUUAACUGGAUUGUAAUAAGAUUGACUUAAAAUUAUUAAUUCUAAUCAGUGAUUAGAAAUAUAUGUAAAGAAUUUUAUGUACAGUAGAGGAACAAAGUUACAUGAUUUUAAAUAAUGAAAACCCAGACUAUCACCUAUUCUAGAAUUGGUUCUACUCAAAGAGUGACCUCUUACUAGCAUGGACUGCACUGUUCCUGUUAAAUGUCUAUUGCAUAAUUGAAUUCUUUUUUGUAGAUAUUGUAUUAAAACCCAAGUGUCUGUAUAGUUAAUAUAUAGCUGCUUAUGUGUAAAUGCUAUUUUAAACACUAAAAAGCUUUUAAUUUUAUGUGAUAA